AGACUGAUGAAAAGCUUCCACACCCCCAGCAACUCCAGCACCAGCACUGGCUUCAUCCUCCUGGGCUUCCCCUGCCCAAGGGAGGGGCAGAUCCUCCUCUUUGUGCUCUUCUCUGCUGUCUACCUGCUCACCCUCAUGGGAAACGCUUCCAUCAUCUGUGCCGUGCGCUGGGAUCUGAGACUGCACACACCCAUGUACAUCCUGCUGGCCAACUUCUCCUUCCUGGAGAUCUGGUAUGUUACUUCCACAGUCCCCAACAUGUUGGCCAACUUGCUCUCUGACACGAAGGUCAUCUCCUUCUCUGGGUGCUUUCUCCAGUUCUAUUUCUUUUUCUCCUUGGGUUCCACGGAAUGUUUUUUCCUGGCAGUUAUGGCCUUUGAUCGGUACUUUGCCAUCUGCAGGCCUUUACACUAUCCAUCCAUUAUGACCAAACGUCUCUGCACUAAUCUUGUGUUAGGCUGCUGGAUUCUUGGUUUCCUCUGGUUUCCAGUCCCCAUCGCCAUCAUUUCACAGAUGUCCUUCUGUGGAUCCAGGAUUAUUGACCACUUCCUGUGUGACCCAGUUCCUCUGUUAGCCCUCACCUGUUCUAGAUCCCCUAUAAUGGAGUUCUUCUGGACAAUUAUAAGUUCUCUGCUCCUGUUUAUUCCUUUCUUCUGUAUCAUGGGGUCCUAUGCUCUGGUUCUCAGAGCAGUAUUGAGAGUUCCUUCAGCAGCAGGACGAAGAAAGGCCUUCUCUACCUGUGGGUCACAUCUGACUGUAGUUUCACUCUUCUAUGGCUCAGUGAUGGUCAUGUAUCUGAGCCCAACUUCUGAACAUGAAGUUGGAAUGCAAAAGCUUGUUACCUUGUUUUAUUCUGUAGGAACCCCAUUCAUUAAUCCUGUGAUCUAUAGUUUGAGAAACAAAGACAUGAAACAUGCCCUACAGAAAUUUCUUGGAACAUGA